GCAUUCGCACGUUCGCACUCGAUGCUCGAUCGCGUUGUGUUAUUUUAAUUGCGAUCGCGGAUUAUAGAAUCCCAUUCUAUUAUAAUUGCUACUUUCGCAUGGUUGAAUGGUUGAUUUUUUUUGCAAAUGAAGGGCUGACGUGCUUAAGUUGACCGGGGGCCUCACUCAGGAUUUUUUUAUUCUGAAGGGGACAAAGGGACACUACGGACAGGGUGCACUUUGCGCCCAGGCGUUUUUAAUUUGGAACCAUUUUCGUCUUGUCCACCGUGGUUUGAAGCGUGCUGGACCUUUUCUUGGGCAGUAGGAAGACAUUUUGAAGUGUGAUUUUACGAUGAUGAUUUGAUUAAUAUGGAUCCUGUUUCAAUCUACAAGCAAAUGAUGGACAGCUCAAAACCUUUUGAGUUUGUCAAGCUGUUUGGACCACAGUCUGAACAAAGAACAAGAAAGCUUCAUGAUUACUAUGAUGACAGCAAUUCAAAAUUCCAAUCUGGAUUAAAACCAGACCAGCUUGACUAUGCAUUGGAAGCACAGCAAACUGAGCAGAAGAAAUUAGAAACCCAACUAGAGGUACUUCAGAAAACAAUGUCAGGACAGAAAAAUCCACAUUAUGAUGGUCCUUUGAAUGGCUUACUUGAUGUUGAUGAUGCUUCUUCAAUAGCUGACAUAGUUCAACUCAACCACGUUAAUGGCAGCAAAUACGACUUCGUGCGGAAAGCUUCUAACAAAGUCCCUAUUAUGGAGCACGAACAAGAGAUUAUCCAUCUAGUUGAAGAAAACUCGGUGAUUGUCAUUGAAGGUCCUACAGGAUGCGGCAAAACCACCCAAGUUCCGCAGUUCAUUCUUGACCACUCCUUUGCAGAGAAUCAACCUGUCAACAUUGUGGUUACCCAGCCUAGGAAAAUUGCUGCAUAUGGGGUGGCAAAGAGAGUGAGUGAGGAGAGAAGUUGGCGUCUUGGUUCAGUGGUUGGAUACAAGGUGGGCUUGAAGUCUACAAUUUCACGAGAUACUCGAUUGACCUACUGCACAACUGGCGUUCUACUCCAGCAUCUUGUCACUAAGAAACACAUGAAUGACUUCACUCAUGUCAUCCUUGACGAAGUCCACGAAAGAGAUCAGGAAUUGGAUUUUCUCCUUCUCCUUGUACGGAUGUUUCUGAGAAGUGUUUCUCCUCACAUCAAGGUCAUCCUAAUGUCGGCAACAUUCAACAGUGAAAAGUUUUCAAAUUACUUCUGCUUUCCAUCUCCAAAUGGAAUCAGGAAUGCACCUGUGCUUCAAGUUCAAUCUGAAACCAUGUUUCCCGUAGAUGUCUAUCACACUGAAGAACUGCAACAUAUUCUGGAACUUAAAAAUCCUUUCAGUGUCAUGCCCCAAGAGCCAAGAUAUAUGGCUCAGACUAUGGAGCUUGUAGUAAAGUUAACCAGCAAACUGGACAAGCUGGAGAGCAAUCGCUCAAUUACUGAGAGGGGAGCUGUUCUGGUGUUCUUGCCUGGGAUCCAUGAAAUUGAAGACACUUUAGAGGCGCUCAAAACUGCCAAUGAGGGGGACAAGUUGAAAUGGAAAAUUCUACCAUUACACUCUUCUAUUACAAGAGAUGAACAGCUAGCUGUGUUCUGUGAAGUACCUGCAAAUUACCGCAAGAUCAUUUUAUCAACUAAUAUCUCGGAAAGCUCAAUUACAGUUCCAGACGUCAUCUACGUAAUCGACGCUUGCUUGACGAAGCAAUUGGAAACUGUCGAGAACACAAACAUCUCUUGCUUGAAUAUUAAAUGGGCAUCUAAAGUGAACUGCUUGCAACGGAAGGGACGAAUUGGCAGAGUUGCCGCUGGAGUUGUGUUUCGCCUUGUUCCGUCUGCGUUUUACAAUAAACUUGCUGAUGAACAGAUGCCCGAGAUGCUCCGCUGUCCCAUUUCAAAGUUAGUGCUUCUUGCAAAAUUGCUUAUAAAUGGUGACCCAAUACAUUUGCUCGGACUUGCACUGGAUCCGCCAAAGUUAAGCAACAUUGAAACCACUGUUUUAAACCUGAAAGAGAUGGGUGGCUUGACAAUUUGUAAUAAGGAUGGAAAGGCUAACCCCACUGACGCAGAGCUCACUCUCCUUGGAAAGGUAAUGGCCACACUACCGAUUGAUAUUCACCUUGCCAAACUGGUUAUCUUGGGCUACAUCUUUGGUGUCUAUGAAAGCAGCUUGAUCAUGGCUUCUGCAAUAUACGUCAGGAACUUGUUGGAAGCACCACACAACGAAAAGCUUGAGGCGUACCUUUCAAAGCUAUUGUGGGCCAAUGGAUCUGGAAGUGAUUGCAUUGCAUUGCUUAAUGCCUUCAAGGAAUGGAAGUUUAGAAGGUCAACAGGAUACUUUCAGCAGAACUUUGCAAACAUGACUGAGGAAAAAUGGGCCAGAGACUUGUUCAUUCAGUUGCGCUAUGCCAGGGAUGUUGCUGAUUUAGUCGAGGAAUUGGACCAUCGACUGAGAAAAAUUGGAUUCGUGAAAACUAAAAAUGUAGCUGCACAGACAAGAUUGGCACCUCAGAAAGAGCACCUUCUGCUAAAGCUUGUGAUUGCUGGGGCCUUCUACCCUAACUAUUUUGUGAACUCGACCAAAGUGAAUGAUAAGGACGCUUCCAGAGCAGUUGCUGGAUUUGACCCUUUUUCAACUGUAAUGCUCACCAACUUUCCGCACGGUCACCCUGGAAAAAUUUACACCAAUCCAGUUAAAAGACUGCUGAGUGAAUGUGCAAACACUAUGAGGGUCACUUUUGAUGGCACCACGAGGAUUUAUAUCCAUUUUGAAAAAGACACAAAAUUGCAGUCAAUGCAGUUUCCUCAAGGGAAUGCAACUCCCAGUUGUGUGCCGCUUGCUGUCUACAAGGCCAUCAAACUCCGUCAAAUGGGCCAGAAAAUGCCGCUUGCUAUUUUACCUGAAAGGCUGGCAGUUAAGCAAAAGGAAAAAAAAUCCUCUACUUGCAAUGUUGCGAUGAAGAGUAUUUUAAAUGCUCUUCAUGCUGAAGAGAUUUUCAAAACCCAUGCGGUACUUCCAAUGCUUUCGACUAAAACUGUUGAGCUCAAAGUUACUCAUGUGGAAAGCCCAAGUUUGUUCUAUUGCCAAGGCACCGACGAGAAAACGACAACUUUACUUGACGCAGUGCAAAAACAUUUGAACGCUGAACAUGCAGAUUUGGGUGACGUCCUUGGAAAACCAAAUGUCAAAAUGACUUACGCCGUUUACUGUGGACAAACUUAUGGCAUAUGCAGAGCCCGUGUUGUUGCUAAUUUACCUUUCAACACAAGCAAAGUUUUCUUGAUUGACUAUGGACAAACGUUGAUGGUGAAGUUUGACUCUUUGAUGAAGUUGGGGCCAGGACUGCUGAAUUUGCAGAUUUUGGAAAUUCCUCAACUUGCUCUUGAAUGCAGACUUGCUCACAUUGGCCCCAUUGACAAUUCUUGGCAUUCUGACUCUAUUGGAUUCUUCUCUCAAUCAGUCCAGGGGAAACUUUGUAAUGCAGAAGUUUACUCUGUUGUUGAAGGGGUAGUCAGUGUAAACCUUCGUGCUGGCUCUAAAAUCAUCAAUGACGAGUUAGUGCUAAAAGGUUUUGCUCGCCACGCUGCUGAGACGUACCUUUCAAGGGACAACAAUGAAGCCAGGGAAAAAUACCAUGAAUUGUCUGAGAACCAAGCCUCGUAUCUUUACAAGCAGCAAUAUUCUACCAUGUAUGGAAUAUCAGCUGAAGACCCAGAACCUCCUAAAGCAUCAGAUUGCACAGAAAAUAUUUUGCUGAGAGGGCCAUUUAGUCCGCUAGAAACUCAAGUGCAACACAUGAUUAAAAGUGGAAAGAGCUUAAAGACCAAUGUUGAUCAGAAUUCCAUCAACUCCAUUCUUCUUGUAGAUGAUCCAGAAAGCAUGAACACAAAAUUUUUAGUAGCUGGAAUGGUGCAGACUGGCCAAAGCAGGGAAAGGCUCACUCUUUAUGACACCACUUUGAUGCCUCAAAUACCUGGUCUCCUGCCUCUGAUCUGCAUGAUCUUCUCACCCAGAAUUGAGCUGAGAACAAAGGGUGGAGUGAACCACUUUACCGGUAUGAUCUGCGGCUUAGGAUGUGAGAAGAAAAGCAAAGCGCCCCUUUACCCUGAACAUGACAUGGAACUUGUGUUUGACACAGAGUUCAAACUGGAUGAUUUGCAGGAAAUAAAUCGACUUCGAUUUUGGAUGAACCUGGCUCUGACUGCAGAUCCAGAGGAGAUGAAACCAAUUCACAAUGCUGGAGACGUAGCAAUUUACCAAAAACAAAGCCAAGAUAUUGCACUUGGUUUGCUCCACAAAGAACGUGAUAGAAUUGAGCCUGUCAGCUUCAAAUUGGCUUACUGCUGGAAGAGGAUUGAUAAAGAUUUGAUUUUGCAUCCAGGCAAGAUUUUCACAUCAGUGGAAGCAAUUUUCCCAUUCCACUGUGCUGCCCAAAUUGAAUCAAAAGUUUCCAGGAAUUUGAAGAAGAAAGCAAAAGCUAUGCAGAAGCUGCAGAAUCAGUCCUUGCAGUGCACGCUGCAGAAAGGUUAUGCUAACUGCAGAGUUUGCAAGGAAACUUUGUUCAGCAUUGAAGAGCUAAGAGCACACCUCACAGGUGAGAAGCACAUGAUGGAGUGGGACAAAAUCUUCAAAAUGCAAAGCAUCUACAAACAAGAAUCAUAAGUGAAGAAAAAGGUCAGUGCGCCUUUAAUUGAACUCAUUAACUUUUAUGUUUUAAUUUUUGAUGCAAAUGCUCUACAGUUAGAAGCAUUUUUAUGUGAGCUAUGUAAACCUAAAAGGAAUUCAAAGCUAAAUUAAACACUUGAUUUCAAAAGAAUAAAAUCUUAUG